GCUGAUCUGAGGACAGCAGGGACGUCAGGCUGUCACGUGACCAGGUCGGCAGGGAUUGGCUCAGAUCAGCUGUGACAUCAGAGCCACGCCUCCUCCUCCUCUCCGUUUGAUCCCCUCCUCAGCACCACCCAGCGCCCCCUCCCUGACACAGAUGGUUGCUGCUGGUUCCGCUCGGCCGUCUGGGGCCCAGUCUGCACAUUGAGGACCUCCUGCCUUCGGACUCCUUCGGGUUCUCCUGUCGCGGACUCCUCGGCUCCUCCCUGCAGCCCACCUCCCCCUGCUGUCGGCCUUGGAGCGGAGGAGGCUGGAGGAGAUCAGCGCCGAGCUUCAGGAGGACAGCUGUGCGGAUGAGCCAUGCCCGGCCCGGGCAUCCUCUGACCGGCUGCACCGGUCCUCCUCUGGGGCUUCCCGCGCAGCAGAGGGAUGAAAAUCUGCAGUCAUGAUGCAAGGACUGAAAAAACGAACCAGGAAAGCCCUGGGCUUACGAAGGAAAGACAAGGACACAGAAACAACAGAAAGGCCAACGGGGCUCCUAACGGGUUUUAUGGGGAGAUCGACUGGGACAGAUAUGCUUCUCCUAAUGUUGAUGAAGAGGGCUUCAGUGUACAGCCUGGUGAUGAAGAUGAUGCAGCCUUCAAAGAGAAGCACUUUUUCACCUCCAGCGACUCAGAGGAAGACGAGGACAGCAAGAAAAAGUUCAAAAUCAAGAUCAAGCCGCUGGUUUCGGACAGUGCCAGGUGUGUCCCUCCAUCUAUGGAUGAGCUAAAAGCCUCGGUGGGAGGCCUGGCGCUCUCUCCCUCUCUGGUGCAGAUAAAGAGGAACUUAUCAUAUGAGGAGAUCGCCCGACCCAGACGCUCCACCCCGACACCAAGUCCUGCACCUGAGUCAACAAGCGACUCGAUGUCGCAGAAUAUUCCUGCCUUGUUCAGGCUGCCUUCAGACAGCAGAUACGCCCGAUACGAUGUGGUUCAUAGUGAUGUGUGGGGAGAACCCAGACCGCGCUCAGAGUCCCAGCUGAGCAGGAGUUUCCCGACAGGAGCUCCUCCUCCACUUCCUCCUAAAAACAUCCCAUCAAGAAGUCAGUAUGGCUACCCUUUAGACUCUGCAGCAGAUCUACCGAACGGGAGGGCGGCUCGUAGCUCCGCCCCCAUCUACCUGAACGUCCUCUCCCCGGCUUCGUACCGAGGCUCCCCGGCCCCCGACCUUGACGACGUGUUUGGCCCCUCGGACAGCCCCCGAGUCGGCGAGGACACCUCGUCUCCCAGAUGGGUCACCUUCGUGGACGAUAGACCUCCGCCGCCCGAUGAGCCGGCCCCCCCACCACCACCAGACUCCCCUCCUCCUGACACCCCCUCAUCAACCCCCUCCACCCCUUGUUUCUCUCCCGGACCGCCUCCAAAUGAACCCCCGCCUUCUCCUCCACAGUUUUCCCCCAUGUCUCCUCCCMCUUUCACACCGCUGGACUCACCCCCCUCCAUUGUGCUGGGACCUCCACCUCCAGACGAGCCAGCGCCUCCCUUGCCCCCGAACUUUUCCCCCUCCGAUUGUCCCACGAUGAGCCCUGAGGAGGAGGGGAUCGACGAGGAGGUGCUGCAGUUUGCAGAAUACGCUUCCUUCGCUGCCCCCAUCAGCCCUGUGCCCCCGCUGCCAGCAGAGCGAAGGUCCCCUCGGGUGGGAGUCACAUCCCCCCUAGUCCACGGGGGCAUCGGGGGAAAGAGGACUCCAGAGGGGGGGUACCACAGAGAGGAUUCAGCMGAGUUUUCAGGCUCCCCUCGAGAGCUGACUCCCAGCUUCAGGGGGACGCCGCCCCCUCUUCCUCCGACCACGUACAGGUCCAUCAUGUCUUCCUCAGGACCCCACUCAGGCAGCAGUCCUUCAUCUCCAGCUCGUCCUCAGUCCCGAGGCAGCCCGGUCCCUCCUCCUCCUCCUCCUCGCCCAUCGUCUCGACCGAAGCUGCCCCCGGGGAAACCGAUCACUGACCUGAGUCGGCCGUUCAGUCCACCGGUUUCMGGUAGCCCCCCACCGUUUGCGCCCCUGGCCCGUGCCGAGAGCUCUUCCUCCCUCUCCUCCAUCACGUCACACAGCGCGGCGUCCACUCCAACCUUAGGACGAGACCUGACCAUGCCCACCACAGGGUGCUCCAGAGGACCCAGUCCUCUCACCAUGGGACCCCAGGACACCCUGCCAGUUGCAGCUGCUUUCACAGAAACCAUCAAUGCUUAUUUCAAAGGCGCAGACCCGAACAAAUGUGUGGUGAAGAUCACGGGAGAGGUGGUGCUCUCCUUCCCCGCGGGGAUAACCAGGCACUUUGCGAGCCAUCCAACUCAACCCAUCCUCACCUUCAGUAUCAGCAACUACAACCGACUGGAGCAGGUCCUCCCCAAUCCACAGCUGCUGUGCUGUGAUGCUACAGUUGACGUUGAGGACUCCAAAGAGUUCUGGGUGAACAUGCCAAACCUGAUGAGCCAUCUGAAGAAAGUGGCUGAACAGAAGCCUCAGGCAACGUACUACAAUGUGGAAAUGAUCAAAUAUCAGGUGUCAGCAGAAGGGAUUCAGUCCACCCCUCUGAACCUGGCAGUGAGUUGGCGAGGGGAUGCCACCAACACAGACCUGAGAAUAGAUUACAAAUACAACAUGGAGGCCAUGGCUGCACCAGUACCACUGUACAAUGUCCACUUUGUUGUUCCAGUGAAUGGAGGCAUAGCCAGACCACAGGCCAUGAUCCCACCCGCCACCUGGAAUCCAGAGGAUCAAACAGUCCAGUGGAAAAUUCCGAGCCUGUCUCAUAGGUCUGAAAAUGGAGGAGUAGGUGCUCUACUGGGCCGGUUCCAGAUGGAUGAAGGCCCCUGUAAGCCCUCCCAGCUGGCAGUGCAGUUCACCAGCGAGGGAAGCACCCUGUCCGGCUGCGACAUCCAGCUUGUUGGGACCGGCUACCGGCUGUCGCUGGUGAAAAAGAGAUUUGCUGCAGGGAAAUAUUUGGCAGAUAAUUAGCAGACUGUUUGCAAACUGAACCAAGGAAAUCUCUGGCUUUCGACUGUGAAGACUAUGGAUCCACCCCAUGUUGAGUGCACCUGACAUYUUCUCUUUAGCUAUAAUCAAGAUAAAAGGUUAAAAAUGACCAGAAAAACAGAUUGUAACACAUAAAGGUGAUGUUUGAUUUUGGCCCCGAUCUCACUACUGAGAAUAUUUCUAAAAUGAAGCUUUUUUCCUUGUGUUUGCGCCUCCCGUCAACACGUGAAAGGAGUUUGUUAUGAGRUAAAUACAUUUUAAAACACUUUCUAAUGUGGAGGUUUUUAAAAAAAAGGUAUAUUUUUGCUUCCUCUGUGCGGGCUUUAAGAGCAGCUUUUCAGAAACUGACAUGGACUUAUUUUGUGAAUUUGUGCCCUAGAAACUAAAGCAACAAUGGAGCUUAAUUUUACUGUUUGUUUCUUUCAUCUGUCUAACUUCACAUUAUCCUGAUCCUGCAGGAAUUUAACUUUAAUCUUGUGCUGAAAUGUUUAACUGAGAGGAAAUUGUAAACAAUAUUAAAAAACUAGGGAUGCACCGAUAUGAAAAUUUCAUCCGAUAUCYGAUAUAAUUAUUGCUGUUAU